AUGGAGAACGCCCAAGCGGUUCAAUAUCUUGAGUCCCUACUUGGCAAAACGCUCAGAAUUCAUACAUCAGAUACAAGGCUUUUCGUUGGUACUUUCAAAUGCACUGACAAUGAUCGCAACAUAAUUCUAUCCACCACUCACGAAUACCGCUACCCUUCCUCCGUCCCCUGCGUUGUCUCCCCCAAUGCUACAGCUACAGAUGAUACACCCGCGAACUCUAUCGAAGAAGGCGAAACCGCAACUGCCGGUGUUGUCAAGGCCGAUAUGACCAGUCGCUACAUUGGCCUCGUAGUUGUGCCUGGCCAGUAUAUCACCAAAAUUGAGCUGGAUGACAUCCAUCCACCACAAGUAGGGAGUGCAUGCGAGGAACCACUGGGGUGA